AUGGUCCUGAUGUUUGUCUCCAUGAUUUCAGUCUGGUUGGGUCAUUCAUAUGAUCUUCUGUUCCAGCUGCUGGAAGACGACAUCGUCAUGUUUGUGAAGGACGAGCUGAAGAAGAUCCAGAAGGUUCUGAGUCCAGAUCACCCAGACUCUUCAGAGAGUCUGGAAGAGGAUGAAGAUGAAGAGCAGAAGAGCAUCAGAGAGGCAUUCAUGAAAAUAACAGUGAAGUUCUUGAGGAGGAGGAAGCAGGAGAAGCUGGCUGACCUCCUGCGGAGCAAUACCGUCGAUGCCAUUUGUCAAUCCAAACUCAAAGGUCACCUGCAGAAGAAGCACCAGCAUGUGUUUGAGGGGAUCACUAAAGCAGGAAAGACAACCCUUCUGGAGCAGAUCUACACGGAGCUCUACAUCACAGAGGGAGGGACCGGAGAGGUCAAUGAAGAACAUGAAGUCAGACAGAUUGAAGCAGCUUCCAGGAAACCAGAGGGAGCAGAAACAGCCAUUAGACAGGAAGACAUCUUUAAACCCCCACCUGGAAAAGGAGGACCAAUCAGAACAGUGAUGACGAAGGGAGUGGCUGGCAUCGGGAAAACAGUGUUAACACAGAAGUUCAGUCUGGACUGGGCUGAAGGCAGAACCAACCAGGACAUCCAGUUCCUGCUUCCAUUCACCUUCAGAGAGCUGAAUGUGCUGAGAGAGGAGAAGUUCAGCUUGGUGGAACUAGUUCAUGGAUUCUUCUCUGAAACCAAAGGAAUCUGCAGUUUUGAAGACUUCCAGGUCGCAUUCAUCCUUGACGGUCUGGAUGAGUGUCGACUUCCUCUGGACUUCCACAAACCUACAAUCGUCAGUGACCCCAGAAGGUCCACCUCAGUGGACGUGCUGCUGACAAACCUCAUCAGGGGGAACCUGCUUCCUUCUGCUCGUCUCUGGAUCACCACCCGACCCGCAGCAGCCAAUCAGAUACCUCCUUACUGUGUUGACAUGGUGACAGAAGUCAGAGGGUUCACUGACCCACAGAAGGAGGAGUACUUCAGGAAGAGGAUCAGAGAUGAGGAGGAGGCUAAAACGGUCAUCACACACAUCAAGACAUCACGGAGCCUCCACAUCAUGUGCCACAUCCCAGUCUUCUGCUGGAUCACUGCUACGGUCCUGGAGAACGUCCUGAAAACCAGAGAGGGAGGGGAGUUGCCCAAGACCCUGACUGAGAUCUACAUCCACUUCCUGGUGGUCCAGGCCAAAAUGAAGAAGGUCAAGUAUGACGGAGGAGCUGAGACGGAUCCACACUGGAGUCAAGAGAGCAGGACUAUGAUGGAGUCUCUGGGCAAACUGGCUUUUGAGCAGCUGCAGAAAGGAAACCUGAUCUUCUAUGAACCAGACCUGAGAGAGUGUGGCAUCGAUGUCAUAGAGGCUUCAGUGUACUCAGGAGUGUUCACCCAGAUCUUUAGAGAGGAGAGCAGCCUGUACCAGGUCCAGGUCUUCUGCUUCAUCCACCUGAGUUUCCAGGAGUUUCUGGCUGCUCUUCAUGUCCAUCAGACCUUCAUCAAGUCUGGAGUCAACCUGCUGGAAGAUCAACUAACAACUCACCGUUUUUCAACAGGUUUCUAUCCGAGAGCUGUGGACAAGACCUUACAGAGUCCAAACGGACAUCUGGACUUGUUCCUGCGCUUCCUCCUGGGUCUUUCACUGGAGACCAAUCAGAACCUCCUACGAGGUCUGAUGACAUCAAACCAAAGAAGUUCACAGAACAAUCAGGAAACUAUCAAAUACAUCAAGGAGAAGAUCAGUGAGGACCUGUCUGCAGAGAGAAGCAUCAACCUGUUCCACUGUCUGAAUGAACUGAACGAUCGGUCUCUGGUGGAUGAGGUCCAAAAGUCCCUGAGGUCUGGACGUCUCUCCAGAGAUAAACUGUCUCCUGCUCAGUGGUCAGCUCUUGUCUUCAUCUUACUGUCAUCAGGAGAUCUGGAGGUGUUUGACCUGAAGAAGUUCUCAGCUUCAGAGGAGGCUUUACGGAGGCUGUUGCCGGUGGUCCAAGCCUCCAAGAAAGUUCUACUGAAUCGCUGUAACCUCUCAGAGGACAUCGGUCCAGUUCUGUCCUCAGUUCUCAGCUCUCAGUCCUCCAGUCUAACAGAACUGGACCUGAGUCACAACGACCUGCGGGACUCUGGACUGGAGAAGCUGUGUCCUGGACUGGAGAGUCCACACUGUAAACUGGAGUCUCUCAGACUGAGUGGCUGUAACCUCUCAAAGGACAUCUGCCCAGUUCUGUCCUCAGUUCUCAGCUCUCAGUCCUCCAGUCUGAUAGAACUGGACCUGAGCAACAACGACCUGCAGGAUUCUGGACUGGAGAAGCUGUGUCCUGGACUGGAGAGUCCACACUGUAAACUGGAGUCUCUCAGGCUGUCAGGCUGUCUGAUCUCAGAGGAAGAAAGUGCUUCUCUGAUCUCAGCUCUGACCUCCAACCCCUCCCACCUGAGAGAGCUGGACCUGAGCUACAACCAUCCAGGGGAGUCAGCAGGGAAGCGUCUGUCUGCUGGACUGGAUGAUCCCCGCUGGAGGCUGGACACUCUCAGGGUGGAGCCUGCUGGACAACGAUGGUUAAGACCAGGUCUGAGGAAGUAUUCCUGUCAACUCACCAUCGACACCAACACGGUCCACAACAACAUCAAACUGUCUGAUGACCAAAGGAAGAUGAUGUAUGUGUGGACGGAUCAGUCAUAUCCUGAUCAUCCAGACAGGUUUGAUGUUCAUCCUCAGCUGCUGUGUAGAGAAGUUCUGACGGGCCGCUGUUACUGGGAGGUGCAGUGGAGCAGAAAUGUUUCUGUUUCAGUGAGUUAUAGAAAAAUCAGCAGGAGAGGAAACUCUGGUGACUGUAGGUUUGGAAGAAACGAUCAUUCCUGGAGUCUGGACCGUUAUCUAGAUGGUCAGUACUAUGUCUGGCACAAUAAGAGAGAAACAUCCAUCAUCUCCUCAUCUCCAUCUUCAGACUCUGGCAGAGUAGCAGUGUACGUGGACGUUCCUGCUGGAACUCUGUCCUUCUAUGAAGUCGUCUCUGACAGACUGAUCCACCUCCACACCUUCAACACCAACUUUACUGAACCUCUCUGUCCUGGAUUUGGAGUCUGGUCCUGGUCCAGGUUUGGGUUUGGUUCCUCAGUGUCUCUGUGUCCAGUUUAGUCUCAAGAGUCCUGUCAGAGAAAACUGUUGGAUCCUGGACUUGGACUCUGGUUCUGGUUCCUCAGUGUCUCGAUGAUGAUGAUGAUGAUGAUGAUGAUGAUGAUGAUGAUGAUGAUAAUGAUAAUGAUCACCGAUUUUCUUUAGUUUUGUUUAUUGUGUUUUUAUUUGAUCUUUGUCACAUUUAAACAUUAAAUCAUUUACUGGAUUGUUGAUGUUUGAUCAGAAAUUACAUUUUUAUCUCAUUUUUCUUGUUUUAUUCUUGAUUCGAUCUCUAAAUGUUUUUAUGUUUAACUUUACGUUUAGAUUCUUAAAAUCUUGUUUGUUCCCUGAAAGAAAGUUUGAGCUUCAAAUCUAAACAUUUCCAUUUUACAUUCAACUU